GGGCAAACCCAGAAAAUGAAUCUUUUCCAGUCAAUAACGAGUGCCUUGGAUAACUCAUUGGCUAAAGAUCCUACUGCAGUAAUAUUUGGCGAAGAUGUUGCCUUUGGUGGAGUCUUUAGAUGCACGGUGGGCUUGCGAGACAAAUAUGGGAAGGAUCGGGUUUUUAAUACUCCGUUGUGUGAACAAGGAAUUGUUGGAUUUGGAAUCGGAAUCGCUGUCACUGGUGCUACUGCCAUUGCAGAAAUUCAGUUUGCAGAUUACAUCUUUCCUGCUUUUGAUCAGAUUGUGAAUGAAGCUGCCAAGUACCGCUACCGCUCUGGGGAUCUUUUUAACUGUGGAAGCCUCACUAUCCGGGCCCCUUGGGGCUGUGUUGGCCACGGGGCUCUCUAUCAUUCUCAGAGUCCUGAAGCUUUUUUUGCUCAUUGUCCAGGAAUCAAGGUGGUUGUACCCAGAAGCCCUUUCCAGGCCAAAGGACUUCUUUUGUCAUGCAUAGAGGAUAAAAAUCCUUGUAUAUUUUUUGAACCUAAAAUACUUUACAGGGCAGCAGUGGAACAAGUUCCAGUUGAGCCGUACAAUAUCCCACUGUCGCAGGCUGAAGUCAUCCAGGAGGGGAGUGACAUCACUCUUGUUGCCUGGGGCACUCAGGUUCAUGUGGUUCGGGAAGUGGCUUCCAUGGCAAAAGAAAAGCUCGGUGUGUCUUGUGAAGUCAUCGAUCUGAGGACCAUAUUACCUUGGGAUGUGGAUACAGUUUGUAAGUCGGUGGCCAAGACCGGGCGGCUGCUGAUCAGCCACGAGGCUCCCCUGACCGGCGGCUUCGCGUCGGAGAUCAGCUCCACCGUGCAGGAAGAAUGUUUCUUGAACCUGGAGGCUCCUAUAUCAAGAGUAUGUGGGUAUGACACUCCGUUUCCUCACAUUUUUGAGCCAUUCUACAUCCCAGACAAAUGGAAGUGUUACGAUGCCCUUCGAAAGAUGAUCAACUAUUGACCGUUUAGAACUAUGGAAGAUUCUGACUAGAUACGGAAAUAUUUUUCUGAUUUUUUUGUAUUUCUGAGGACUUAACCUCUUCUCAAAACUGGAGUUUUUAUGAAAUGAACUAUCAUGGAUAUUGGCUGAAAAGUUAUAAAUGAAUGAUUAUGUUGUAACAUGUAUGAAUUGACGGUUUCAUUAUGAGUCUUUCAGAUUAACUUCUUAAAAUGCUCCACCACAGCAGGCUUAUAAAUUCUGUUUAAUUAGAUCUGUAAAUAUCACGUGCAGGAUAGUAUCCAAUAAAGCAAAAUCAGAUGGUC